CGGAGGUAGCGUCGCUGCGAGCGCUGCUGGCCGCCAAGGAAGCGGCGCUGGAAGAGGCCGAGGCCGCGGUGGCGGUGGCGGCGGAGAUUGUACGGCAGCAUGCGGCGGCGUACGACGGAGAUCUCGCCUCCCUGGCGGAGGCUCGGGGCCUGUUGGAGGCGGAAGAGGCGCAGGUGGCGGGGCAGGAGCAGGCGCUGCAGGAGAGCGAGCGCCAGGCCGCAGCCCGCUCCGCAGCCGUGGACGACCACCAGGCACAGCUCCGGCAGCAGGCGACCGCCCUGGGGGCCGCAGCCGCAGCCAUGCGAGCCGAGGCUGAGGGCCUGGUUGCCCGGGUCGCGGCGGCGGCUGCAAGCCAGGAGCAGCGGCGGGCGCUGGCGCAGGCCGACGAUGCUGCUCGGGAGGAGCUCAGGGGGCUUGAGAGGGUGAUUGCGGAUGUGGGCGCGGAUCUGGCACGGAUUUCGGAGCAGCGUGGGCGGCUGGCGGCGGAGAGGGCUGCUGCGCAGGAGGCGUUGGCGGGGCUGCAGCGGACCAUGCCGGAGCUGGAGGCGGCUAAGCGGGCGGCGGCGGCGAACAAGGACUUCCGCGAGGCUGCUCGGCUGUCGGGGGAGCUCAAGGCGCUCACGCUGCAGGCUGAGUCCGCUGCUGCCCAGCUGGCCCGCCACUCGGCUGCGCUGUCCGAGCUGGCGGCCGCGGAGGGCAGCAAGGCCUCGGAGCUGCAGGAGCUGCGGGGCAUGCUGGGGGAGGCACAGCGGCAGGCGGCGGAGGCACACCACAGGUACCUUGUGUUUUGCCUGCAGCUCAGCCAUGCAGCCCUGGAGGAGGCGGCCGCUGCGGAGCUGUACGAGGAGGCCGGGUCGCUGCAGGCGGAGGUUGCGGCGGCGGAGGCGGAGGCGCUGCAGCUGGAACGCACCUGGGGAUUCGUACGAAGCACGGCAACGGCGACGGUAACCGCAGCAGCUGCAGCAGCGACGGCGGCAGGCCACCCUGCAGAAGCAGCGACUGCGGGGAUGCCUAAUCCGACGUUUGGCGAGUCCUCUGCAGCGACAGCAGCGUUACUGCAGGAGGGCGAGGAGGGCCAGGACGAGGUGGCGGCGGACUGUGCGAUGGGAAUGACUGCCGCUGCUGCUGCACUGCAGAGGCUGUCCUUGGAGUCCUCCGCGGCAAAUUCGGUCAUGUCAGCAGCGGCAAUAACGGCUGCCGGCUCGGCGUCCUUGCCGGGCGGUCUCCUGCCGUACUCACAACAACAACAACAACCUCAACAGCAGCAGCAGCAGCAGUACCAGGGGUACCCGCAGGCAUCUCCUUCCAUGCUACUAUCGCCGCCACCAUCCUCAGCUCUGGCACAGUCUUCGGGCAACCAUGCAUCACCAUCGCUGCUGCCUUCCACCCUGCCUGCGGCGGCUCUAGCGCCCAUGCAGGUCUUCGGACCGGCAGUCGCAAUGAGCCCUUCUGGGACUGCCGAGCUUGUAACGCCUACAGCGGCGGCGUUGCUGGCUCCUGCUGACGGCGUGAUGAUGCUAGGAGAAGCAGCCGUUCCUGCUGCUGGUGCCACCGCGACGACUGACCCCGGUUCUUACGAGCCGCCGCAGCCCUACCUAGACGAGCCUUCGUCCUCAGCGUCGCUGCUACCGCCGAUGCCGCUGUCGCCGCAACAGCAACAGCUCUACAUCGAACCGCAACAAGUAGAGAACUUUGCCGGCGAUAACAUGGAUGCUACAACGUCCACCGCAACCACCGGCGCCCCUGUUGUUACAACUGCUGGGCCGGCAGCGGCUGCGACGGUGACGGCUCAUCAGGAGGCAUAUGGGACCCGCUCCGGCGUCGAGUCAUCGUUAUCAGGCAACAGCAGCCUGCACAGCAGCAGCGGCAGCCUGGCAGGAUCAGCGGGACAUGCAGGGAAGCCCCCCGUAGCCUCCGCUGCGGCUCCUGUCACGGCCUUUCAGGGUGCUGCUGUUCCGGCGGCAGAUGCCUUAUUUACCCUGCUGCAGCCCCGUCACAGCAGCGGCCUGACAAUUGAGUCGUUCGUGUCUUCCUCCGAGGAUGGCGCUGGUUCGUUGUACAUGGAGCCGCCGCUGUCGCUGCCGCUGCCACCGGCGCUGCAGCAACAGCCACAAGGACAGCAGUAGAGGAGCGUUGAUGUGUGCGACACGCGCGCGUGCGUGUAUGUUAGGUAUGAGUGUAUGCACCGCGUUCAUGCAUGUGUGCUUGGGAUGCGUCCGUAUGGGGAGUUUGAGCGAUUCGAGCACAUUGAGGAGGGGGGGAGGGGGUGCGUAGGGAAGGGGGCGGGAUGUGAGGGAGGGAGAAGGGGGAUUAGAUAAACUGAGCCGCGGAAACACUGACCCUGACCGUAGGUUACCGGAAAUAGAGGAAAGCUAAGAGGGCUGGAAAUUGCGGGUAGGGCUAAUAAGUUUGGCAGCCCCUAAUCAACGAACACCAAAAAGAUCGUAUCCCAGGUAAAUACCCUCCCCCCUCCGCGGUUCAUGCGGCCCCACGGGUCAUACCGGUAUGAGGAGCCGUCGGGCGCAGCAUAUCAUAUGCCAAGACGAAGAAUGUGUGUUCGUUAUGGUUCUGGUUUUGGUGUGGUGAUGACAAUGAACCAGGGUCUUUGUUUCUAUUCCUCUAGCGACUAGUAUUAAUGCGACAGACGUGCCGUAAUAAAAGGGAGGUUAGUCGCGCACGCCUUCGUACACUGUGAGACACACACAUGUGGCUGUGAGCCUUACGUGCUACCGGUAUUAGUUAAAGGGGCGUUCCGAAGCUUAUUAGGCGCAUUCAUCGGUGUGGGCAUGGUGCCUACCCUGCCCUAGCUGUUAGGUGACGUGGGUCGGCGUGUAUGCGUCUUCACUGGUCCCCACUGGGGUGCACUACGCUCAUGGGGUCUGAGAGGAUAGCGAGAUGGGGUUUGGUGAUGGUGGGACUCAACAAAGGCGUACCUGCAGCUGCAUGAGCGUGCUCGCAAGUUUGACCAAGUGCUGAAGGCGGUGGCAGCUGGGGAGCCCCUUCCUGCCGAGAUCUUGUACGAGGACUUCCAACAGCUAUGGAACACUGAGCAGCUGGGAGACGUGCUUCGCUUGACAGCCGGACCAAAGCCAAGCGCCGCCACUGCUGGCAGUACUUCAGCCCGGCAGCAGCUACAUCGGGAGCCAUGCAACGGGAGCCGACGCUGCAAGUGCCCCAGGCAUCCCCUGCGAUUUGACAACCACCAACUCCCAACGGCAACACAUCAACCGAGACCUGACGUUCCUCGCCCCCAAGGCUCUUCUGGCCUAGCCAGCUCGUUCUCCGCUGGGCGCGUAUCCAGAACCGUGUAGGCCCCAGCCACCGCCAACUGCAACAGCAGCACCCGCAGCAGGUAGUCAAGAACCGCGCCCCUACCAACGCCACUGCGACCGCAAGUGCGGCUCCAGCUGCAAACCGCAGGGCUCCUGCAAACAGGAUUCCCGACGGGGCAGCUGGAAACGGUCGCACUAGCGGUGGCGGCACCACCACAGCUCGUCAUGUAUCGCAUGCACUGCAGCCCCAGCAGCAUCGUUCGCUGCAAUCUCCUCGUCAAACCCGCCUCACCUCCACCGGUGACACGGCAGCAGCCGCAGCAGCAGGGCACAGCGGCUGCAGCGGCAGCAGUCUUCAUCACGACCACAUGCGCAAGCUAAAUCACGCAUGCAAGGAGGAGUCAGAGGCGCAGCAGCACCAGCAGCCAUGCAAGGCGGCUUUGGAUCCAGCGAAGAGGUGUGGAGGCGCAGCUUCAGCAGGUGUUGAGCCUGGCGAAGGAGGUCCAGGCAAAGGGCAAGAACACUAUCCAGUAUCCUUAGCAGGAAAUUGUGUUUUAGGCGAGUCGUAAAUCGGCUUUCUAGGCGGAAGUUAGGGCAGCGGGCUGGACAAAGGUGUCGCAAGGUUGUACGGCAUUGAGCCCCGUAGCUCAGGCUGGCUUUCUUUAGGCGCGCGUUUGGACCAGAAAUUUGCUUAAGCCUUUCUUGCUGUCUUGCUGCCUUCCUUCCUGUCUUCCGGGCAUCAGUACCGUUGAUUAUUAGUUUCCCCGCCCAUCCACCCCUUCUUUCCGUUGCACUCCCCCCCUCCGUGGCCGAGCUGCAAGGGUCUGAGGCCUCGGCUGGCUUAAGUGUCUCAGUUCACGUGUGGUUCUAGUUUACCAGGGAUGUUCGCAUUGGGCCGUCGGUGAGGAUGGCGGCCAAUGCGGGUGUGACCUUUUAGGGAACCAUUGUAACGGCCAUUCAUUAAAAUAGCCUGACGACGCUGUGGUUCAGUGCAGGCGCCUUGGUAAGGCGCGCUCAAACUAAUCGUGCUUAGAUUUCUACCCAUUUGUCUUUUGUCGGCAUCUCCGGUAUGACGUACCCAUGUAACCGCUGCUCGGGG